UGGCGGCUACUUUCAAUAUGGCCACCUUGUCAAGUCACUGCAAUUCUUGCAGCGUUUACUCACGGACUGUUGUUGUCAAGAUUUAAUAUGCAAUUUGAAAUGUAUGUAUACGAUGGAGAGAAAGUCUUUGGGUAAAACUUGACUUCUAACACAAAUCGAUACUUUGAGACAUCUAGAUCUAGAUCUACCAAAAUGGGGGACGCACUGGAAUUGAAGCAGAUGUUGUUCACCAACCUACAGCUGCUGGGAUUUGAUUCUGGAGCCAUGGAAGCUUCCUAUUGUGUACCAUUUAAUAAAAACAUGUUUAAUCUUCCAAACAAGAAAGGAGCUGAAGUAGUGCUUUAUUUUCUUUUUAACAAACUCAAUCCAAUAAUGUGCAGAGAAGAAUUCAGAGACUGCUGGCCUGUACUGGAUAAACAACAAGAACAACAGUUCCGUAGAACUUGUCACAAUUGGCUGGUUAACAUUGCAAAGACAGAGCCAGAUACACAUUUGCCAAGAAUUGUUGCCUCCCAUUUUAUGUCACCAGGAGGAGACAAAUUCUACAAUCUGCUGUUUCACUUCUCAGGAUAUGUACUGAGGACAGUGAUACGGACAGAUAAUGGUGUGAAAGAAUUUGAGCAGCUGCGGUACCCUCAGUUAUCUACUCAGACUGCCUCUCUAGGUGAUGUGAUGGCCAAGAAUAUUCAAUGUGCUGUAGUUCGUCUCCGAAAGAAGUUCCUUGAGGAGUCACAGACUACACUAGUUUUGAACAGAGAAUGGAAGGACUAUGCUAAUGAGUUGGUAAAAGAUUAUCGGAAGUUGUCCAAGGAGGUGAGGGAAGGAGAGCACCUGGAACGUGUCGUAAAACAACGAGCUGCUGAGUCAGCGAUGGUGCGCGGCAGUCCUGUAAGGAGGAGGAGAUCAGACUGUUAUGACAAUGAAUUUGACCCACAAUCCACCAAACGGACUCAGAGAAUACAGCAAGUACGUGACAUGUGGAAGCAAGUUAAUGACUUCUGCGAACGUGAGGCAGCAGAAAGAGAGGUUAUAGAAUCCAUUGUGGAUCGAACCUUGAGUCAGCAUAAAAUUGAUGCUGCAACCAUCAAUAUAAAAGUACCAGACCUCCUUCUCAGAGAGUGUGAGCAGGAAAUCAGACGGAGGCAUGUAGACAACACAUUUCAUGGAGGAAAACUGAACCUGGUCAGUCUUCUACAGUUAUGGAACCUCUGUCUGCAUCUAUAUAUAGAAAGGUUACACCAAGUAGGUGUAGCUGACUUUACAGAAGAGAUAGGAUCAGUCACCAAACAGGUUCACAGUAACCAUGCUUACCUGACGAACACUAGGACUCUAAAGAAGGAACUGGCCGUCAACCUGCCCAAACUUAAAGAAUCUGUGGAGCACCUCCAGGACAGUUUGGAUAGUCGUAUUGUCCAGAACAGUACUCCACGCAGUGCAAGGUCAACAUCACUGGGCCUUGGAUUGAUGGAGCCAUCACCAUCAUUAUCCUUCACCCCGGGCCAGGCUGUAGGUGGGGAUACAUCCAUGCAGUCUGCUUUACGUCGCACACCCCGAAAUGAAAGUACACCUGAAGCUGCCAAUAAGUUGGCUGAAGGCAUAGCAAAGACCGUCAGACGAGGGCAGGGAAAGUUGUUUCAGGGCUCACCUGAAUAUGUCCCUCAAGUCAACAUUAGUUCUUCAAAUGCCAAAAAGAAAGUUACAGUGACCAAGGUUCCCAGAAAGGUCAGUAAGAUGCAGCAGAGUAAAGGUGCCAAAACCAGAAACCAAGCAGAACAGAGACAGUCCACGCCCACCAACAGUAAAUCCUACAGCACUGUUCGUCCCACUCGUACAGCAGGACAUGAGCACUCCUACCAGAGUGCCACAUCAUCCUCUCGGGAGCAGUCCCUCAGCAGUGGAGAUCGUACCCUGACUGGUAUCACCAGCUGUACAGGGGGCAGUCCUACCAUAGAUAAUACCUCCCCAAAACACCCCUCCCCCAGGACACCACCAACACAGGUUCAGAUGUCACCUGUCGCCCUCUCUCCUAGUGACGUCAUAGUUAACAGAAUGAUGGCUCCUAACUUCCUAGAUCAGUCUGAUGACGAGGAGUUAAUGGAUACAUACAUGAAAAAGUCUGGAGAAUUUGACGGUGUGUUGCCACCAGGUGUAGAACAGUCCCCAAAACCUGUGUUAUCUCAAUACCCCAGGGAGGCUAAUCUAUCACACCAGUCAUUGCACGACUCACCCAGGUCAGAGAGAGACAAGUUAUCAAGUUCCAAUAACUCUUCACACUCCCACAGCUCCAAGCAUUCAAAAACACAGUGCUCUCCAAAGUUACAAGUGUCCAAACAUUUAAAAGACUCUCCAAGGUCACUGAAUGUACAUUCAAGGUCCUACAACGAGUCCCCAAGGUCACAGACAUCCAAAUCACUUUUGGAUAGCUUAACAGGAAAAGGAUCCUCCCAUCACUCUUUUACCUCAACGCGAUCACAGGACUUGAACAGUUCACCAAGGUCAGAGGUAUCCCAUCAUUCCCAUCAGUCCUUACGAGAAAGUGUACAGUCCGUCAGUUCAAACUUGUCUCGCCCUUCAGGUUUACUGGAGCCAGGUGAACAAUCACCCAAUACCAGUAUUCAUUCUGGCUAUUCCGGCCAAAUGGACACCUCAAAGUCAAAAUUAGUGACUUCAGAGAAGCUCAAUAAAUCAGUUGAACUUGAUGGUUCAAGACGCACCCUUCAGAAUGAUUCUUCAUUUGAGCUUGAGCAGCCCGAGUUUUUGCCGUUGGACAAGAGUGACAGAGAAUCAGUGCAUUCAGGACUUCCAACACCUCAGUACCAUUCAGACCACUCACUACCAAUCAGUAAUGGACCUGAAACAUCCUUUAAACUCGAUCUGGGGUCUCCAGAGGCAGAUGACUUGAAUCAGUCAGAUAAUUCAUGUCCAACAUCAGCUAGAGCUUUAAUGAAGUCCCGCAUGGAAGUGUCUGACAUCUUACCGGAGGCUGACCAGCCAGAACCGGAUCCCAUGAUGAUGAUGGUGGCCAGUCCGUUGUCUAAAGAGGUCAGGGACAUGUGGAAGGAGGCAAUUAAAGAAACGGAUUCCCCAAGGUCUAAAUUAGGGACACGGACCAAUCUUUCCUUCACAGAGGAGACUGAUACAGGACCUAAGAUUGACCUGGGAGGAGGAGGAGAUGGCACCUUCCUUACGUUUGAAGGUUUAGGAGAAAUAGAUGGAGAACAACUAGAUGACAUCCAACUUCCAAACAUGUCUAUGGAGGAGAUCACAGAUGGGAUGCAGGGUCUGUUUGACGACCAAUGGAGGUCACCUAAACUGGACCUCAUCACAGGAGUCACAAGUCUGGACAGUGUACAUACUGGAAGCCUCGGUGAUAAAGUACAUACCAAGCCCAACUUUCCUCUCACAGAUGUAAAAGAAGACAAUGACAUCCUCAUAUCUCUCACCCCUCAUCGACCAGUGAUAGACAACUCUCUGCAUCUACAGACCAGCCCCUGGCUAGCUCAAGUGGACAAGGCGGCCACUGGACAGUGGUCAGGAGGUAUUGAUGAUGAUGUUGGUGCCGAGGAUGGCAUUUUGUUACUAGAAGGACAAGAAUUAGAACUAGUGGACGAUUUAGAUGAUUCUUUUGUUCCACUAAAAGGAGGGUUCCAAUUUGAAGGAGGAACUCCAGGAAAAUCUCCAGCAGCUAUAUCAAGGACUUCUGUUCCGACCGCCUCUAGUGUAUCGGCCAGCAAUUCUGUACCACAUUCAUUCAACAUGCCUAUCAGUGGAGGGUCAUUGGACAGUGAAAAUCUUACUGCCUGGCUUCAAAAACUCAAGCAAACUACAGCUAACAUUCUAGGAGAUUCAUAAUGAUAAUAUGAUUUAAUAUGCUGUACUAUAAUCUGACAGCUGUCUAAACUGUUACUGUGGAAUCCAACAGACUGCUGUUUUUAUUGCACACAGGGUGUUAGAUUACACAGCAUCUAUUAUAUAGAGCCACAUAAAACAUGAUUUCUCAUAGUGUCACCGUUAAUUCAUCAUUAUUUUUUUUCUGUAGAUUGUCUAGUACCCAAAAAUCUAAAGAUGUUUAAACUUUCUGUGAUGGUUAUCAUUGUGAAUGUCAAGGUCAGUGUUUCUAAAAUAGGACAGGCUCAUAGGACCUGAGAAGUAAUGGGGAUGUAUCAUUUUAGAAAUGAAAUAGGACCCUUGCUUGACCUAUCAGAAGUUCUUUUGUUUUUCUUUUUUUUUUAUGAAAGAUGUGAAGAUGUUUGUUAUUACGGAAUGUCCAAAUGCUUUUUAAAAAGUUAUUAGUCACAGUGCUGUCCAUUUCAUCUGUUUAACAAUUGUAUUACACAGGUCCAUAAAGCAAACCUUAUGUUUUAUGAUAGCAUUAUUAUUUGUAUCAUUAUACAUAACAAUCAUGCAGCAUUAACCUGUAUUUGGAGGAGUUUUAAACAAUCAACUCUACAAUUCAGAACAAAGACCUGAGAUUCUUUAUUUCAAAUUGUGCCCUUCUGUAUGUAUUCAUUAUUUCAUUUAUGAAAAAUUUCUCAACUAAUUAUAUAUUGUGGGUGAAAUGUACCAUAAUCAAAUUGUUUAACCCUGAAAAACAAGAUAUGAUAUAUAAUUUAUGCCCAUGCAGCUAUUUAUUCAGUUACUCUCUUAGUGUUCAUGUUUGUAAAAACUGUACAUGUAGCAUCACUACCAUCAUAGGAAUUACAGCACAUAAUCCAUAACAACUUAAAAAGACUGGCUUUGCUCUAUUUCUUACGUUAGAUUAUACAAUGUAUGCAUUAUUUUAACACAUGAUGUAUUGAAAUAUUCAGACUAUCAUAACAAUUUAAGAAGACUGCAGGCUCUGCUCCAUUUCACGAUGAUGACUUACAGACGAUGUUCUGCAUUCUUUGAUACUCCUGGUAUCCUGCUCUGAAGCCUCUGCCAAUGUCAUCAGAUGGUAUCCUGUCCCAUUUAGAUGUUUCGACCCUAAACCACAACAUCCUCCAACUGGUGGGUCAGCAGUGUUGGCUGAUCAAACCACUAAUUGUCUGUGUUAGCUUCCGCAUUGUCUUGUUGUUGCCAUAGCCAGCACGUUGCACUUUUGAAAGCUCCAUCAAACGUUUAAUGUCUGCACUGAAACACUGAUAUGCUCAUAAAACCCUCUCCUUACAAUGAACACUGUAUGCAUAAUCUCAAUACGCAUACAUGUGAUAUUUGUGUAUUUGAUAAUAGACUUUCCUUCCUGUUUGUUUAUAUUAGCUGUUAAAAUAGUCAUUUGUCGCCUAUGCAUUCCACUGCUAGUGAGUAAACAAUGAAAUUUCAACCAGAGAAAAAAGAUUAAAUGAAAUUAAACAAUAUAUUUGAUUAGAUAUAUGCUCUGUACACAAAGACCAGGCUUAUUGGUGGGAAAAUUCCAAAGAAAACAUUACUUUCAUAGAGCAUGGGUAUAUAAAUAACCAGUAAUCUGUAAUACGUUUUUACUUUACAAUUCGUUAUAUUUAAUAUUUUAUUGAUAUUACUUAGAAGUAAUGUUCAUCUUUUGCUACCAGAUGUAUUCUUGUUCAGAUAGCUACUUGGUAGUAAUGAUUUAUAACAAACUUUUAUAUUAGCAACGAAUUUAUAAUAUGUGUAAUUAAUAUUACAUAGGGAAAGUAAAACUAGACACAAUGUUGCGGGUAUUAAUCUCAAGUAAAAUAUUUUUUGAGUUUUCUAUUGCACUUAAUAAUGGUCACAAUAUAGGAUAUAGUCUUAAUUCGAGAGUUAGCAUUUAUUGGUAUUUCUACUGAUCUACAAUACAAGUAGUUUGACUUAUAAUCAUAAAUAGUUAUAUUUCUUGGAUUAUACAGCAGAAAGAUCCAUUCUGCCAUGUCUUGAAUAUUCUACGCAUUUAACAUAUCUUAUACAGGACCAGCCUUCAGAUCAGGCUGUCAACAUAUAACAGUCUCAGAAUUAUCCACUUUUGGAAUUUCCUCUUUAGAUCCAGGUUUAGUCCUCUUUUUUUUCUUUGUUUUUCCCUUAAAUCCCUGGAAUGAAUAUGUUUCAAUUACACAUCAACUUUUAUAUUCAAACUUACUCUAGUUGACAGAAAGGCCAAAUCACAGAACUUCAAUGAAAUUUCCUUAGUAUUUAUAUGACUUCUUUUUUUAAAAAUCACCAUGUCAUAAAAUGCUUUUAAGUUAUUGGUUGUUAUUUUAUUGUUUUUAUACCCUAGGGUAGAAUCCAAAUUGUUACGUGAUAAUCAGUUCGAUUACAAGUUACAAAUAAUUGUAUAUAGCACUCUAGCUGCCUUGAAAAUCAUACGAAAUAUUUGAAUAUGUUUUAGCCAUUCUGCCAGUGUCAUUGUGGAUGAAGUGCAUUCAUCAAGCCAUGAAAAAUCUGCAUACUUUUAGGCAUUAAAAUAUUAAAACUUG